AUGGCGGGGCUCGGUGAGUUCGGCGCGCUCGUGCACGGCGCUGCGGACGGCGCGAGCUCGCCUUUCCACAUGCCCGCGCUGGCCGACGGGCUCGCGCUGCUGCCCGAGCGCCUCCUCAUGCCCGCGGAGCCGCUCUCGCGCAGCCCCACUACAGACCUCACGCACCUGAAGGGCAUCCUGCGCAGGCGGCAGCUCUACUGCAGGACGGGCUUCCACCUGGAGAUCCUGCCGGACGGCACGGUGCAGGGCACGAGACAGGACCACAGCCGCUUCGGUAUUUUGGAAUUCAUAAGCCUGGCAGUUGGAUUAAUCAGCAUCAGAGGAGUGGACAGUGGCCUCUACCUUGGGAUGAAUGACAAGGGGGAACUCUAUGGCUCUGAGAAGCUGACAGCUGAGUGCGUCUUCCGGGAGCAGUUUGAGGAGAACUGGUACAACACAUACUCCUCCAACCUCUACAAACAUGGAGAAAGGGGGGCACGCUAUUAUGUGGCCCUCAACAGGGACGGGACGCCACGGGACGGGACAAAAUCAAGGCGACAUCAAAAGUUCACACAUUUCCUUCCCAGGCCGGUGGACCCAGACAAAGUGCCUGAACUCUACAAAGAAGUGCUAGGCCACAGCUGAGACCAAUCAGCCUGGCUUUAGAAGAGGAAUAAGCCCAGUUCUUACCCUAUAGGAACGAGGGAACCGGAUGGUUGGCUUUUAGCACCAGUGCACGAGCCAGUGAGAGUACGGGCCAGUAGUGAUGCACUGAAGUGCUCAGUCCUGAUUGUCCUGAGUGCUGAGAGUUAAGUGGGUGUCCCAGUGAACGUGGGGCUAACAGAACCUUUUGAACGCUAGGCCUGUUGGUAAAAAGCAAGCAAAGAGAAGGUCCUGACCUCCUGACUUCAGUUCGAUUGCGGCUCUGCAUGACAAGAUUUAGAAAUUUUUGUGAUUCAGCUUACUGCUGACCUGCUUUGGAGAUAAAUGAGACUGGUUUAGAAAGACUUUCUGGAACUCUGUCAGGACUGCAACCUGUGCAGAACAGGACUCGUCAUCUUAUAGGAUAUUAUUUAUACAGUUCAUGCCACACAUAUUUAUUUGAUGUAUUUAUUUAUUUGAUAAUAUAUAUUUUCACACCUAAAUGUAGACCUAUCUAAAUAGAUAUCACAGUAGAAGGUGCCUUAAGCUAGUAAAAAAUCUGAUGUCCUCAUAUAAUGGAAGUGCAAAAUAUUACUCAUAUUGUUGCUACCAUUAAAAUUGCAAGACCAA